AUGUUUUCAGGAUCGAUAGAUAGUCUCACUGCCGAACAAUACGAAGUUGAUGACUGGAGCGGCAUUCCAGACCUGAUCGAGGUCAUCCGCCUGCAGGCCAGCGGACCCUCAGAAGCUAGUCGCGCCUUGAGGAAGAAGCUGUUCGUAGUUCUAUUCUUGUCUAUUGGAAGGGAAAGAAGGGCACUGCUCAAUUUCAUGACUAACACAUUUUCUUGCAGGAAGUAUGGCAAUGUACAUCGUCAACUGAGAGCUCUCACGAUCCUCGACUUUCUCAUACAAAAUGCCGGAGAAAGAUUUCACAGAAGCUUUGCCGACGAGCCACUCCUUGAACGGCUGAGGGUCAUCGCGACUGACCCUCAUACCGAUGCAUCGGUCAAGGAGAAAUGUCAGCAACUAUACUCUCAAUGGGCAGUGUCGUUCAAAGGUGUUGCUGGGAUGGAGCGAGUCACUGCCCUUUAUAAGCAACUCCCUAAACGAAAAAAACGUGCUGGUCCCGAAAACUCGAAUAUCCUCAAAGACUCACCUGAAGAACCUUUGGGUCACUCUGUCUCUAUAGUCGCAGGCGACGGACCGUCAAGAACCUUAAGCUCGACCACUCCAUCUUCAUCCUCCAAUUCCAAAUCACUUUUCGACUCAAAGAAGAAGAAUAAGCAAAAAUCGGAAAAGCAUUCAUCAACUGGAAACAGUAUAACAGAUAGACAUGCUAAGGCUAAAGCUAAGGCCUCUGAUGAGGAUGUUGCUCGCAUAAAGCGUACCGUUGCGGAUGUAGGUUUCGCAAUAACCCGUCUAGAAAACGCUAUGAAGCUUGUCAACCGCGAGACGAUGCGUGUUAGCCAGGAUAAAGAGGUCAUGCGCCGGGUUGAUGAGUGUAAAGUGCUCCGGUCUGAGCUCCUUAAAUUCAUCCACAAACUUGACGAAAAUUAUCUUGGGAUCCUGAUUCAUAGCCAUGAAGAAAUCAUUAACGCCCUCCUAGCGUUUGAAGUCAUGGAUAAAAGUGUGGAUGAUGACAGUGAUAGCGAGGAGGAACUAGAUUCAGCUCAUGCAAAUACUCAAGGCUUACCCCCAGCAAAACCACCACGCCCACAGACCGUACCAACCUUACAGGUUGAUAAAUACAACGAUCUGGAAAGCGAGAGCGAACAGUCAGAAGAGGAUGAUGACAUUAACAACCCAUUUGGCGACAGGAAUGCCAUCAGUACUCCAGCUUUGGAAAAAUCUGGGAUGACCUGGUAA